AUGGAGAUUUUGUUACCUAUAGUAGAAGCAGAUUACUUUAUUUCUAAUAUCGGACGUAUCAAAAAUAAAAAUAGCAGAAUUUCAGAAGGAAGUAUUCAUAAAGGACAUGGUUAUGCACAAACAAAGAUUGGUAGAAACAAUAAUUAUACACCUGUUAAUAUUCACAAACUAGUUGCAGAAGCCUUUAUUUCUAAUCCAGAAAAUAAACCUUUUGUUAAUCAUAUUAAUGGUAUUAAAACUGAUAAUCAAGCAGAUAAUUUAGAAUGUGUGUUCCCAAAAGAAAAUGCUAAUCGUAAAGUAUUUCCAAAUCCUGGUCGUAGUAGAUCUAGAAAAGUUAUGCAAAAAACAUUAGAUGGAAACGUUAUUCAGAUUUGGGAUUCAGCUAAUCAUGCAGGUGAAUGGGCUUGGAUAUAUUAUGAUAAUUAUAUAGGAUCUGAUCCCAAUGAAGAAUAG